AUGGAACCGGACCCGUACGAGUCCUUUGCCACGCAGCACGGUGAAGUUACUGGCAGGACUCGCAGGAUCCGAUCUGAAAAGUCCGCUCAGAGAAAGCGGCAGGCGUAUAUACGCCAUCGGGUUGCUGAGGGGGAGGAUCCGGAGCAGGUGGCGUUGGCUCAGGUCGCUUUGUGUGAGUUGGGCACGGUCAAUCUGGUUCCUCAGUCGGCUUUGUAUCAGCCUGUGCGCUCAGUUGGACUGGUCAAGCAGGACAUCCCGAAGUUUGCAGGUUCUGCAAUUGUACUGGAUUGGCAUCAGGUGCUUGGCACAGAUCGCAUUUCUUCUCGGAACGCUCAGUGGGUGGAUACAGAUGGGCAGAUUCCUCACAGCCACAUUGAGAAUUCUUCUCGAAAUCUGGAGAACGUGAUCCACGCUACGGAGCAGAGUGGCCUGCCGGUGCAAAUGGUUCUGGCCACGACCGAACGCACGGGUCCAAAGGGGAAACUUGCUGCACCUCGUUCUGUGAUCAGCGGCAAGUUUUGUUUGUUCGACGACAACUCAGAAAUCAUUGAGGAGUUCACUGAAGCCAGUCGGCCCAUUGCACAGGUCUUGAAGCCAAGAGCACGUCGAUCUAAUCUCUUGCCAAAGGAGUGCAUUGGCUGGUCGAUUUCUUCAGAGCCGUUGUUGUCGACUGCAAAGCAGUUUGUAAAGUAUUUUUCCAGGUUGUUUCACUGCAUUGCCAGCGGUAGUUUCACGCAAGCGCAUUGGAAUUUGGAUUUGACAUUUGGACUGAGAGAGACUGGCUGCUUUGAGCGCCGUUCCCUCAGCCGUGGCUGCAAGCGUCGAGGCACAGAUGAGGUUCGAUCAUUCCGCUUGGCCCUCUUGAGCCGCCUCCUGAUGACGGCGACUGGCCAGAGGUGGCUCGCUUCAGAGCUCAUCAAAGGCCUGAAAAGGGUCCCCGAGUUGCAGUUUAAGGUCCAGGGUUUCAUUGAGAGUUGUACCCGUCAAAGUCAAGCUCCACAAGGAAAAGCUUCUCCUGCCAAAGCCUCUGUAGCUGCUGCAGUAGAGAAGGCCAAGACUCCAUGCAUCUUCCAUCAGAUGCCUAAUGGCUGUGUUCAUGGGGAUAAGUACCACUAUAGUCAUGUUAAGACCCCUCCUGCGAAGCCCAAAGACUCAAAAGCCGACUCAAAAGCCAAGCCCAAGCCUGCAGCUCCGAAAGUCGCAGCAGCCGUUGCCAUUGCUGCUGCGCUGAGCCACAUGGUCACUCCAUCCCAAGCCAUUGGAGGACUUGAGUGGGCCGCUGACACAGGUGGUGGUUUCAAGAAGUCAUCCGACACCAUUGGAUUUCAGGACCAAGAUGGAAUUUUAGGUGAUGCGAACCACUUCCUUUUGGACUCUUUUCCGGUGGUCAGAGCAAUUGGCCUUGAUGUGGAGCAGAAAAUGAUCAGGCGAGGCUUCAUUUGGCUGCCGGGGUCUUUGCCCUUUCUUGUUCGUGACCCCUCCAAGUGCCAUCUCAACUGCGAUGAGGAGAACAGGUUUUACGCAUCAAGAGUCACUCAGCACGUUCCGUUUUUCAGCAGCAAUUUUACUGUCAUCCCUGGGAUGCCUGCAGAACAAUUUCCCGGAAGUAGUGUCAUCGAUGUUUUGCCUCCUUCAGAUCCCGCUGCGGAGCCGGUUGAUGUUCCUGAAGUUUUGUCAGUUGAGCCAGAAGUUGAUAUCCUCAUUCAGUACAUCCAGACAAGCCAUCAAAAGGGUGAUGUCAUGAACAAGGCUUUGCCA